AUGCUAGACUUCACCGACAAGCUUAAACCGCAAUAUGAUGGUGCUGCCACACUUCAAGCUGAGCGAAAUGCCUCAACGAUCAACGUCGACGAGCUCGCCAAGCACCUUCUCUCCCGCGAUGGGUUUCUUGAAAGACAGGAACGGAUUUUGCGAGUUCUCGAGAAGGAAAAGAUCUUCAAGAAAGACCAUCAAAUGAACUUAUCCCGACCAGAACGAUAUCAUCUCGGCCUCGCGCGCGCAAAAGCAGUUCAAAGGAUCAUGCGGAAAUACAGCUGGACAACAUCUGAAGACUACAAAAUGUUUGAGUACCUAGUAGAUGAGGUUAGUCCGUAUCAUCUUCAUCUAACCAUGUUCGCCACCACGGUCCGUGAACAAGGAUCCGAGGCACAGAAGAAAUACUGGAUGCCCAAGAUCCUGAAUUACGAUAUCAUCGGGUGCUAUGCGCAGUCUGAGCUCGGCCACGGGAGCAAUGUGAGAGGGUUGGAGACGGUGGCGAAGUGGGAUCCGCAGAGGAAAGAGUUUGAGAUUCAUAGUCCGUAUUUGACGGCGAGUAAGUGGUGGAAUGGAUCCUUGGGCAGGACAGCCACACAUGCUAUUGUGGUUGCACAAUUGUUGCUACCAAAGAAGGGGAAGGAGAAUGAGUAUGAGAGUCAUGGGCCGCAGCCGUUCAUUGUGCAGAUUAGAGAUCAGAAGACGCAUCAGCCGUUCGAGGGGAUUGUUGUUGGGGAUAUUGGGCCGAAGUAUGGUUACGCCUCCAUGGAUAAUGGAUACAUGCUCUUCGAUCAUUAUCGAGUCCCGAAGUCGGCCAUGUUAUCGAGAUAUGUGGAGGUCUCGGAAGAGACGUGCACUCUGAACCGUCAUGGUCAUCCGGCUGUUGUCUACGGUUCUCUGACCUUCGUUCGUGGACAGAUCAUCAUGCACGCCCGUCUGAUUCUGGCACGUGCAGUUACGGUAGCUGUUCGGUACUGUUCUAUCCGACGGCAGUUUCGAGACCGAGAUUCUAGGAGCGAUCAAGAUGAUGAAAUGAAGGUUCUUGAUUAUCCAACUGUGCAAAUAAGGAUACUACCGCUACUAGCAACGGCGUUCGCGCUGCACUAUACUGGAGAGAUGAUGUACAGCAUGUAUAUCAAGAGUCGGGAGGCGAUUGAAAAUGACGAUUUCGGUCCUUUGGCAGAGCUUCAUAGUGCGAGUAGUGGGUUGAAGAGUUUGUGUACAAUGCUAACCGCAGAUGGUAUUGAGACAUGUAGACGUGCUAUGGGCGGCCAUGGUUUUGGAGGUGGAAGCGGGCUAAUAGGAAUGAACGCAGAUUAUCUCUCUAAACCAACUGUCGAAGGCGAUAAUUGGAUGAUCACCCAGCAAGUUGCGGCUUACCUGAUCAAAAAGAUGACAUCCGCAGUUGCAGACCCAACUGCCCCACCAAAAGACCCGACAGACGAGCUUUUCCAAUUCUACCUGAAAAACCGCGGUCACCACAUCCCACAGAACGUCGCCCACGGCACCGAAACCGACGACUGCGCAAUUGUAUGUGUAUUCAAAUGGCGUACCGCUGACCUCAGCUACCGAGCCUACCAAGCCCGAGUUAUCGACAAGAAGCCCUGGACAAAACUCAUGAUCCAACUACAUUCUCUCAGCCGGGCAUACUCAGAGCAAAUCCUCGUCACCACCUUCCACAACUCCUUCCGAACUAGCACGUCCACUCUCUCUUCUCCAACCCCCGAAGUCUUAAGAACAUGUUUCAGACUCUACGCCCUACACACUCUAGAAACAUCCGCAUCAUCCUUCAUCCUCACAAAUUCCGUAUCGUCAGAGUCAAUAUAUGCACUGCAGGACGCGAUAUUGGCCUUGAUGACGGAGUUGCGGCCUCAUGCGGUGAAGCUGGUGGAUGCGUGGUCAAUCCCGGAUUUCUUGCUUGCUAGUGCGUUGGGCAGGUCUGAUGGGAAGGUAUAUGAGGAGCUGUAUGAUAUGGCACAUAGGAGGAAUCCGUUGAAUAGGAUUACAUUUAAUCCGGACUGGAGAAGCGAGGAGAUUGUGUUGGGGAGUGGAGAUGGUGGGAGGCAUGUUUUGUCGAAGUUGUGAGUUGAGAAGAGGGGGAAAGAGUGCCGGGCGGGAAGGGAGAGACAGGUCGAGAGUCGCAUAGAAUUAUGGGUGCAAAAAGUGUCAUGAAUAAAUGCUCGUGGAAUUUUCUCAAAGAGCGAAAUAGGCCUUUUAAGGUCAUAGAUGCCGUCUCAGCGUUUAGAUUGGGUACUAAGAGUAUGCGAUUACCAGGCGGAUGACUGUGGAAUCGCAUUUUGGAGGGCAUUGACGACAGAUACUACAGCAUGUUAUCACAUACCACUGAACAUACCCAGGGUAGAUCUAAUAUAUCAAUCUCCCGCUAGAGGUAAAG